CUCUUUCUCCUCACCUAAUAUAUACCUUUUUCCUCUUUUGUUUCUCUCUCUCUCUCUCUCUCAUCCUCAUCAUCAUCUUCUUCCAUCAUCAUCCUCUUCUUCUCUUAUUUGCUAAUUAAUACACUAAUUAAUUAAUCAUUGUAACUUAUCAGCUACAUGAUUUGGAAAAACAAUGAAUAGUGAUCCCGAUAAUACAACAAUUAAUCCAAUCAGCUCUUUAUACUAUUAUGAUAAUCCAUAUUCAGCAUGGUUACCAUCAACUGAACCUUUACUUUAUCCGACAUUGAAUUACGACACAUCAGAAUUGAAUCGUGACACAGUGACAACACUUUCAUCAUUAACAUCCCAACAGCAUCACUAUCAACAGUCACAAUCACAGCAAAUUUUUACAAACACACACCAGAAUCAUGUUCAUCACCAUCAUCAACACCAACAGCAACAGCAACACCACCAUCAUCAACAACAGCAACAACAACAACACCAGCAACUAAUCAAUCAUCAUCCUCAUUUGUAUCAUCCACCUCCCUUACCACUACCUCCGUCCACUCAUUCUGCAAUAACCACUGUCCCACCACCGCCACCGCCGCCGCCUCCAGCACCUUCAGCACCUCCAUCAGUAGGAACACAACCUUCCCAUGUAUUAACACCUUCCUCUACACCGGGGACACUUUUACCGACAACUGAUGGACCUCAUCAUGCGGAUAUUAAAAUUGAAAUAAUUUCCUCUCAUCCAGCUGAAAGUCGUGAUCAUCAUGACAUUGAUCGUGACUCUGAUAAUCAGAAUACAAAAUUAUCUUCCUCAGAAAGUGAUCCUCGAAAUUCACCUGGAACCAAUUGCGGUGCUCUAUCGCCGUUGAAUAAUACUGACCACUCAAAUCACCACAAUGGUGACAAUUCCAGCUCAAUCCAAGACCAUUCUACCUUAAUUAAUGUCGAUUCCCAACCUUCAUCCAAUUCAAAUGGUUCAUCAUCUUCAGAAAUUUCCAAAGGAAAUAGUAAAAAGCGAAAACGUCGAGUUUUAUUCUCUAAAAAUCAAACCUACGAAUUGGAGAAACGUUUCUGUCAACAGCGAUAUUUAUCAGCUCAAGAGCGUGAGAUUUUAGCGUCUACUAUACGACUUACGCCGACUCAAGUAAAAAUUUGGUUCCAAAAUCACCGGUACAAGACGAAAAGAGCUCGACAAGAAAAGGGUCUAGAUGUUAAUCCACUUCCAUCUCCUCGUCGAGUGGCCAUUCCAGUUUUAGUUCGAGACGGUAAACCAUGUCCAAACUCAUCCACAAAUGGAUUGGUCUCCGGGUCAUCUACUCCCGUUUCCUUAUCCAAUGAGGUUAUGAGAUUCAAUUCUUACAGCUACUUACCUGGAGGAGGAAGUGUUGUGAAUGGAGGUACGAAUUUACAAGUCCUUCAGGCAAAUCAAUUAGAUUUAGAGCCAAGUGGAAACGGUUUCAAUUCAGCCCUUCAUUAUCCGCCCACGUUUUACUCUAGCAAUUAAAGUAAGAUAACAAAAUCGACUUUUACUCGAAUUGAAAUGUUCAAGAGACAUUUCAAUCGAUUUAUCAUGUAUUUUGAAUAAACCGUUCAUAAGUUUAUAUUAAUUUUAUCUUGUUAAUAAUAUAAAAAAAAUGCAAUAAAAUUUUUAAAAUGUUUUA